AUGUCUACUCUCAACGCUGGGAUAAAAUACAAACCAAUUCCACCUCUUACGGCUGCGAACCUUGCAAAAGCAUAUAAAGAUCUCGCAAAGGCUAAACUCGCCGCUUUAGUGGUCUUGACAAGUAUGUGUGGAUAUGCCAUGGCUCCAGCUGCAACAGAUCUUUCUUGUUUGUUUGCAACUACGGUUGGUACCAGUCUUUGCGUCGCAUCGGCGAAUGCAAUAAACCAAUGGAUUGAAUUUCCAUAUGAUGCACAAAUGUCGAGAACGCGUAAUCGCGUACUUGUGCGUCGUGCAUUGACGCCCUUUCAUGCCUUUACGUUUGGCACGAUUACUGGCAUCGCGGGAAUAGGCAUCUUGACAUCUUUUGUAAAUCCACUAACAGCAUUUUUGGGGGCUGCAAAUAUUGUAUUAUAUACAUGUAUAUACACACCGUUGAAGCGAGUAGCAAUUGUAAACACGUGGCUUGGAUCUAUCGUUGGUGCCAUACCACCAAUGAUGGGGUGGACGGCGUGCACUAAUAGUCUCGACGCCGGAGCUUGGACUUUGGGAGCGCUAUUAUACGCCUGGCAGUUUCCUCAUUUUAACUCACUCGCAUGGAAUUUGCGGGAGGAUUAUUCAAAGGCAGGUUAUAGAAUGAUGGCGGUGACCGAUCCGGUUUUGAACGCUCGCGUCUCUUUGAGACAUAAUCUAGCCUUGUUUCCCUUAUGUUAUUUAGCGCCAUACAUCGGGAUGACUACUUGGUGGUUUGCUUUAGACUCAACAGUGAUCAACAGUAUUUUGCUCUUAAGAGCUUUUAAAUUUUGGUAUGAUUCUAACGAUAGAACAGCGAGGGAUUUGUUCUUCGGGAGUCUUAUACAUUUACCCAUAAUUCUAGCUUUGAUGAUGUUUCACAAGAAUAAUACAGAAACUGAAUAUUGGAUCGAGGUUGAAGAAGAUGAGAAUGAUAAGGGAGAAGAAUAA